AUGCCUGCCGGCGGGAUCUCUCUCGCAGCCACUGGCGAUGUCACUCGCGUCGAGGCUCCAGUGUCUUUCCGAGCCUACCUCAUGUGUGCUUUUGCGGCAUUUGGAGGCAUCUUCUUCGGCUAUGAUUCAGGAUACAUCAACGGGGUGAUGGCAAUGCGGUAUUUCGUCCGUGAAUUCGCUGGCAAGCCAUACCCUGGCCCAAAUGCGACUCAGGCCGAGAGGAACGCGUUUCUCGUUCCCUCUGCGCGUCAAUCGCUCAUCGUCUCGAUUCUCUCGUGUGGUACAUUCUUUGGCGCAAUCAUUGCGGGUGACCUUGCCGACUUCAUCGGCCGGCGAACCACAAUCAUCGCAGGCUGCGCCGUCUUCUGCUUCGGGGCGGCUCUCCAGACUGCGUCCUCCUCCUACGGUCUCCUCGUGGCUGGACGUCUGAUUGCGGGCUUUGGUGUUGGUUUUGUGUCAGCUAUCAUCAUCCUGUACAUGUCGGAAAUAUCUCCUCGGAAGGUCCGUGGUGCUUUGGUCUCUGGUUAUCAGUUCUGCAUCACCAUUGGGCUGCUACUGGCGUCCUGUGUCGUGUACGGCACCCAGAACUACCCGGACUCACGUUCAUACCGCAUACCCAUCGCUCUUCAAAUGUUAUGGGCACUCAUCCUGGCAGGCGGGCUCUUCUUGUUGCCAGAAUCGCCACGGUACUUCGUGCGCCGCGGAGACCUCGACAAGGCCACGACCGUUCUGGCACGUCUUCGAGGACAGCCUCGUGAUUCGGAAUACAUCCAGCAAGAGCUUGCCGAGAUCGUAGCAAACCACGAGUAUGAACUUCAGGCCACCCCGCAAGGCGGCUAUGUCGACAGCUGGCUCAACUGUUUCCGAGGAAGUCUCUUCAUGCCUAGCUCCAACUUGCGCCGAACUAUUCUGGGAACAUCCUUGCAAAUGAUGCAGCAAUGGACCGGUGUCAAUUUCAUCUUUUACUUCGGCACGAGCUUUUUCGCCCAGCUCGGAACGAUCAGCAAUCCCUUUUUGAUCUCGUUGAUCACAACUCUGGUCAAUGUUUGCUCGACUCCGCUUUCCUUCUGGAUUAUUGAGCGCUUUGGUCGACGCACGAUCAUGAUCUGGGGUGCUGCCGGAAUGGUGGUAUGCCAGUUUAUCGUCGCCAUCGCCGGAACUGUCGACGGCGGAAACCCCAGCACAGUCAAGGCUGAGAUUGCUUUCAUCUGCAUCUACAUCUUUUUCUUCGCCACCACCUGGGGCCCGGGAGCGUGGGUAGUGAUUGGAGAGGUGUUUCCUCUUCCUAUCCGCUCUCGUGGCGUGGGUCUUUCGACAGCUUCCAACUGGCUCUGGAAUUGUAUCAUCGCAGUCAUCACCCCAUACAUGGUCGGCGCCGACAAGGGUAACCUUGGUCCCAAAGUCUUCUUCAUCUGGGGCUCGCUCUGUGCAUGCGCGUUUGUCUAUGCUUACUUCUUGAUUCCUGAAACCAAGGGUCUCACGCUCGAGCAAGUGGACCGUAUGCUGGAGGAAACCACGCCACGGACUUCAUCGGGAUGGGUGCCAAAGACCACGUAUGCCGCCGAGAUGGGUCUGGAUGAUGCGGGAAGACUUAAGUCGGAGAUCACCGAGGAUGUACAGCGAAGAGGCUCCGCUGUCUGA